AUGGAAGCGCUAUACAACUCGUCCGUUUUGGACGUGAACACAACGGAAAGCGACUACACCCCCUACAAAGAAAGAAUAGAGACGUACAUAGUGCCAGUCAUAUUUGCUAUAAUUUUCAUCGUAGGCGUUCUAGGAAACGGCACGCUAGUCAUAGUAUAUGUGCGACACAGAGGAAUGAGAAAUGCACCCAACACGUACAUCUUCUCUCUCGCCCUCGCUGAUCUCCUGGUCAUCCUGAUCUGCGUGCCCUUCGUGUCCAUCAUCUACACGGUGGAGUCGUGGCCGUGGGGCGGCGUGAUCUGCCGGCUGUCGGAGACGGGCAAGGACAUCAGUAUAGGGGUCUCCGUGUUCACGCUGACAGCGCUGUCUGCAGAGCGGUACUGCGCAAUUGUCAACCCAUUUAGGAAGCUGCAGCUCCGCAAGCUACCGCUCGUCUGCGCGGCCAUCAUCUGGGGUAUGGCGCUGGUGUUCGCGGCCCCAGCAGCACUCUUCGCCAACACUAUCACCAUGCCUAUCGACAACAACAUGACCAUCGUCUUCUGUUCCCCAUACCCUGAUGGAUGGGAUAAUUUCGCUAAGUGGAUGACGCUCACGAAGGCUGUGGCCUACUACGCGCUCCCUCUGGUGGUUAUAGCCAUCUUCUACACCCUGAUGGCUCAUCGUCUGCUGGCCAGCACCAAGGAGAUGCCUGGGGCGCUACAGGGAGGCCAGGGUGAGGCCCAGGCCAGAGCGAGGAAGUCCGUGGCCUGCAUGGUGCUGAUCUUUGUUAUAGUAUUCUUCAUCUGUUUCCUGCCGUACCACACCCUGGAGCUGUGGUGGUACUUCUACCCCACGGCGCAGGUGGACUACAACGACUGGAUCCACGCUUUCCGAAUCAUGGGAUUCUGUCUCAGUUUUCUCAACUCCUGCGUCAACCCCGUCGCUCUGUACUGUGUCAGCGGCGUCUUCCGACAGCACUUCAACCGCUACCUGUGCUGUCGCCGCGCUGCUCUUCAUCCCUCAUCGUCUCGUUUGUCACGCACCGCCAUAUGCGAGACCAGCUUCAGGAGCACACAGAGACACCGGUGCAAUAGGAACCCCACCGAAAGUGUGGUCAUCUCAAACUACGACUACGGCAAUUCCAAGAAGAAGAACAACGUUAUCUCAAGAAACAGCACCGAGGGGGUCACCAUACUCACUCUACGGGAGUCCAACAUUUUUCUGACGGAUUUGAACGACAAAUGCAUCAACAGAUAGGCUAAGUUUGGAUUCUAAAAGACGUUAUGUAAAUAUAUGUAUAAAAUAUGUAUGUAUAAGUGGAAAUUUGCUUCGCUGUUAAAGGAUGAUGCCAUAUUUUAACGAGUGGUUUCGUCCCAAAAAUCCUUGUUCGAGCGGUAAUUUUUUCUUUUAUUUUCUCAGAAGAAAAAAUCCUAUACUUACCUUUAAAAAUACUCUGUAAAUUAUUGUUCCAUUAUAGAUAAUGAGU